GUGGUGCUUGGUGUUCAGACAGCCUCUACCCUCCUCCUUUUAAGGUCCCAGUGAAAAACCAAAGUUGGGUUCCAUGGAAGUUCACCCUGGGGUACCAGUUAGUUAGCUUAUUAGUUACUUACUGAGUGUGGGCAACCCUCAAGUAGCUGUACUGGAAGAUUUCCACCCAGCGUGGCCAUGAGGGCUUCCUAUGGCUGUGUUGAUGGAGUCCCUUCUACUAGUCUUCUCCAGCCUAUAUUUUCUAGUUGCUCCUGGAGACCACGAUGUGAUGUUCACUUAGGGCAGAAUUGCAUACAAGUGGCCAGGAGGACUGACUGGAUACUCAGUGAGACAGAAGUGCUGCUUGUUUUCACUUCUUUCCUCAUCCACUUCCUAUGUUGAAACCGUUUUUUCCAUGGUUUGGCUUGGAUAUUGGUGGAACCCUGGUCAAGUUGGUUUAUUUUGAACCCAAAGACAUCACUGCUGAAGAAGAGAAGGAAGAAGUCGAAAGCCUUAAAAGCAUUCGGAAGUAUCUGACCUCUAAUGUGGCUUACGGGUCUGCAGGAAUUCGGGACGUGCACCUUGAGCUGAAGGACCUGACUCUGUGUGGACGCAAAGGCAAUCUGCACUUUAUACGCUUUCCCACUCAUGACAUGCCUGCUUUUAUUCAAAUGGGCAGAGAUAAAAACUUCUCGAGUCUCCACACUGUCUUUUGUGCCACUGGAGGUGGAGCAUACAAAUUUGAGCAGGAUUUUCUCACAAUAGGUGAUCUGCAGCUUCGAAAACUGGAUGAACUAGAUUGCCUGAUAAAAGGAAUUUUGUACAUUGACUCAGUUGGAUUCAAUGGACGGUCACAGUGCUAUUACUUUGAAAACCCUGCUGAUUCUGAAAAAUGUCAGAAGUUACCAUUUGAUUUGAAAAAUCUAUACCCUCUGCUCCUGGUGAACAUUGGCUCAGGAGUUAGCAUCUUAGCAGUGUAUUCCAAAGAUAAUUAUAAGAGGGUCACAGGCACCAGUCUUGGAGGAGGAACUUUUUUUGGUCUCUGCUGUCUUCUUACUGGCUGUACCACUUUUGAAGAAGCUCUUGAAAUGGCAUCUCGUGGAGAUAGCACCAAAGUGGAUAAACUAGUGCGAGACAUUUAUGGAGGAGACUAUGAGAGGUUUGGAUUGCCUGGUUGGGCUGUGGCUUCAAGUUUUGGAAACAUGAUGAGCAAGGAGAAGAGAGAGGCCGUCAGUAAGGAGGACCUUGCCAGAGCAACUCUCAUCACCAUCACCAACAACAUUGGCUCCAUAGCAAGAAUGUGUGCCCUUAAUGAAAACAUUAACCAGGUGGUGUUUGUUGGGAAUUUCUUGAGAGUGAACACGAUCGCCAUGCGACUUCUGGCAUAUGCUCUAGAUUACUGGUCCAAGGGGCAGCUGAAAGCACUGUUUUCAGAACACGAGGGUUAUUUUGGAGCCGUUGGAGCACUCCUUGAGCUGUUGAAGAUACCCUGAUUUUACCCAGAGGGCUUCUGACUCAAACCCUCCACAGUGGGAUCCAUAGACGUUUAUUUUUUAAGAGACUCAAGUUUUACGAUCGUGUACUGCCUGAAUCAGAGCAAGAAACAAGUGUACUUUUCUAAGUCAUCAAGAUAAAUUCUUAAAAAUUCAGUCUAGCCUAGCAACCAGUAAGGAAAAAUAUUAAAGAACAAAAGUAGAUGAUGUCCAGGCAGUGUGAAGAUGUGCUGUCUAUAAACCGCUCUUCAGGAUAGCAUCAAACCUGCAGUGCUUUGAAAUUCCGGCAUCACUUACUGGAGGCACACUGGGAGAGCUGUACUGCACUCCUGCUCUCAGUUGACUGGUUGUGUGUCUUUGUUUAAACUUGCUGAAUGCAGUGCAGUUAGAAUCUAACCAGUUUUGUCAUUGUGCCCUGAGAGAUCUGUGCAUUACUCUAGUUGGCAUUUAGCCUCUUUGUUAACGUACUGAAAUGCCGUUUAUUUCAAGGUUCUGCAGACUUAACUGGGCGGGUUCAUUUUGCAUCUGACACUUGACAAGUGAAUUUUGGAAGAGCACUUGCACCUUUUCACUGUUAAUCCUCAGGUCUGUGUGGAAAGACAUAACUUCUGUUGGAACCUGAUGGAAAUGGGCAGGCUAUUGUGAGAAUAGCCUAAGGGCUGUUGUCAAGAAGAGAGUGAUUAUCCUUUCAGGCUGAGUAGCACAGGAGGAAUACAAGUGUUCAUUGAAUAACUCGUGGGGUCCUUGAACAUGCUAGUGUUUGGGGAACUUGUGAAAAGAUGUUUCAGAAGACUACUUGAGACUGACAGGCUGAAUCUUUCUGCUGUGCAGAAUAAUUUUUUUUUCCUCCUCGGAGCUGAGGACCGAACCCAGGGCCUUGGGUUUGCUAGGCAAGCGCUCUACCACUGAGCUAAAUCCCCAACCCUGCUUGCAGAAUGAUUUUUAAAAGCAUUUCCUGCUUUGAUUAUCUUACGUAUUAAAAUAUGCUUGCAUUGGAGCUGAAGGCAAGGAAGGACCCGUACAAAGCAGCCUUGCUGCUCGAAGGACCCACAGCCUUUCAGCUGUGGGUUCUGAUGCUGGCUUUGUAAGGGCAGCAGAGGGUUCCUGCUGUUUGGGCCAGGAGCUUAGGGAUGGACUUGGGAACAUUCUCAGAGGGACCGCUGCCUUUCAGCCUGUGCUUUGGCACAUUGACUAUGUGGGUGCUACUGGACUGUCUGGUCAUAGACAGCAGUGCACAGGGGUGCUGUGAGGAUGGCAGUCCUUCCCCACUGCUACCAUUUCUGACUCACCUGCGUUAGGACCUCAGAUUUGUAUCUCUGCUCCCCCAAAGGUGGCACUGCCACCCACCUGUUAGUUCCAGGAAGUAGUUCUUGAUCUGUGGCAGGUGACUCCCGUGAACUUCUACUGGCCUGACAAGCACCUGUGUUGUUUUGCCUUUCCCCUAGUUGUCUGAAGGUUGUGACCAGUGGUCUGUGUGUGUCCUUCCAUCCAAGUCCCUGUGGUAGAGAACUUGCUCAAGCUCACACAGUUGGAAACAGAGAGCAGCCAUUCUGGGGGUUCUCUGGGCACAUUUCCUCCCUGUGCCCACUACUCUCCACUAGAGAAGCAGCGCCAUUUCCUUUUUCCACAUUGUGCUCAGCCCACUGUCAUUCCUUGGAAGGGUAUUCUACCCCCUUCCUUCCAGGAUCUCAUGUAGCUCGGGCAACACAACUUGGAUUGUAGUAUUGCUGGUGCUGGCCUUGAACUCCUGAUCCUUCUACCUCUGCAGUGCUGGGAUUACAGUCAUGCACCACCAGUAACCCCAUUGUAAAUACAGCGGGUGUUUCGGGGGUUCAUCUUCAGUUCUAACCUGCUCCCCUGUCUCCAAGAGUGGUGCUGUUCUCCAACUUACUCUGUGCUAGUUCCACCCUCAGGCUCAAUCCUGUAUCUCCCCAAGCUUCAUCAACUCUCACCUUGACUGAUCUCCAAGGGAGCACCCCAGCCAGCCCUCGCUUCUGAGCUUCAGCCGAACCCACAGGCUUUCCAGUGGCCAAUGUGAUUAUUUCAGCAGUUGCCUAGUGCAAGCUGCCUUCUCUUUGGUGGCCUGGAAGCCCUACUUCAUUCACUCCUCCCACUCAGGCAGUUAAGGAGGCCUUGUGGCCAAGGAGCACAGAGCAAAGUGGUCUGAAAUAAGAUAGGAGGAAGAGAGGCUAGCCAGUGUAGAGAGGAAGUGUUUUGUGGGCUGUGUUGGGCCACAAUGGCUGGAGGGUGAGGGCUGAGAGUUACUGAGGGUGCCUUGAUUUGGUUUUAGAGUGCCUCAUUUUGAGACCCCAAAGCAUAAGGAUGUUUGGAUUGGAGAUGAAGCUUAGGACAAGGAUGUGUAUGUAGGUAGGAAAGUGAGGGGAGUCAGGUCCCAGUGUAUGAGGAAACAAGUGGGUAGUGAAGGAAAACAAGCUGGGAAGAGGGGAGACUGAGGGUAUUUUUCUAGAUUUAGCUGCAAGGUUAUGAGUGGCUUUGAUAAAAUUACAGGCUGAAGCUGAGCUGCAGAGGUCUGUGAAUGGUGAGGUGUGAGGAAAGCCAUAGUGGCCAUGUUCACAGAAUUUUGGACCAAGGUUUUGAGGGUUGGGGAUGAGGCAAUUCUGGGAGUAUUAGGAGCUAUCAAGGGACAAAGUUGCCCCAAGUGCUGGCAAUCUCAAUUGAGGUGGUUGUGGGGCCUUGGCCUCUUCCCUGAGGUCUUACGCUCUUCUCAUGGCCAGUCUGCCCUACACUAUAGGAGGGGACAGGCCAGAGGCUGUUCUGUCAGUUACCUGCUCCUUUGUGACUAGUUUUAAUUGGUCAGAAACACUCACCAUGGAUUUCUGAGUUUUGCCACGAGUGCUUAAGUUAACAGGUACAUAAUAACGAAGUAUUUUCAAAAUCUUUUUAUUUACAUGUGUUUGAGUCAAUUACAUGCAUGUUUUAUUUUUAAA